AGCAGGGCUGUACUGCAGGCAGGACUGUGCACUCAGACACGAUGAUGAUGAUGAAGAUGAAGACUUCUCUCUGGAGCCUCCUGUGCUGCUCCUCUCUACUGCUGGCUGACGUUCUGGCCACUUAUCACCUGACUUCUGGAGACCCGCAGCAGCUCAUCGCUGCACAAAGCUUCGCUCAAAGCAGAGAUAAUGGUCGACCGCCGUUCAGGACCCUGAAUCCUGCAAAGACAGACUCUCAGUGCAGGAGCCUCCCCCUGGACCUGGUCUUCAUCAUCGACAGUUCUCGCAGUGUGCGUCCCGGUGAGUUUGAGAAGGUCAAGAUCUUCCUGGCGGACAUGGUUGACACUCUGGACGUGGGCUCAGAAGCCACCCGAGUGGCUGUGGUCAACUACGCCAGCACCGUCAAGCUUGAGUUCCUGCUCAAAGAUCACUUUAACAAGCUUGACAUGAAGAAAGCCAUCUCCCGCAUUGAGCCUUUGGCUGCAGGCACCAUGACAGGCCUUGCCAUCAAGACUGCAGUGAACGAGGCCUUCACUGAGCAGUCUGGAGCCCGACCACGCUCCAGGAACAUCUCCAAGGUAGCCAUCAUUGUGACCGACGGGAGGCCUCAAGACCAGGUGCAGGAGGUGUCUGCUGCAGCCCGAGCCUCUGGUAUCGAGAUCUACGCCGUUGGGGUGGACCGCGCAGACAUGCGCUCCCUGCAGCUGAUGGCCAGCAUUCCCCUAGAUGACCACGUCUUCUAUGUGGAGACGUACGGCGUUAUUGAGAAGCUCACCUCUAAGUUCAGGGAGACCCUUUGCGGUCUGGAUCCUUGUGCCAUGGGACACGACUGCGAACACAUUUGUGUCAACAGCAAUGCCUCCUAUAACUGCAAGUGCCGGAAUGGUUAUAUCUUGAAUGUGGACAAGAGAACAUGUUCCCUGAAACAGGUGAUGGCGGCGGUGGUGGAGGAUCCGUGUAAAUGUGAAGCCAGACUGGCUUUCCAGAAGCAGAUGCAGGCGGCCGUCCAGCAGCUCACAUCCAAGCUUGCUGACGUGUCUGGCAGAAUAGAGCAUCUGGAGAACAUGGUGGGCCGAGCUUAAAGCUGGACACACUGUGCAAAGGCAGUGAACUGGUUUGUUUCCUGCCAGUGCCAGGAGCCAUGGACUACUGCAACACAGACAUCUACUUCCUGUCAUCCACCGUCCCGUAAACUGCUGCGUGGAUUUCAACUGUGACUCGUGAAGAAGACGUUUCUCACUGCAACAGCAUCUACAGCUGAUCUGGGAUUUUUUUUAAACUGCUAUUAAAACAAUGUGUGAUAAUGUGAUGAUAAAUGACCAAAGAUAUUGGGUAUUAUUUUAUAUUUUCAUUGUUUCUGUGAUGUUUUCUGUAUGGUUUUGUGUUCUGGUUGUGCAUAUUGUAUAUACAAGUUAUUUUUUGGAAACUGUCAAAUUGGACUUACUUAAUAGGAGUAGAAAAAUGUUUGUUUUUUUGCCUUUGUUCUUUAUUGUACUCCGCAGCUUAUAAAUAUCAUGAAACAAUAAAAUAAUCUAACAGGAAA